AUGAAACAAGUUAAGAUUGGGUGCUAUAGUGCUUUUUGGGGCGAUUCAGCCUCAGCCGUAAAGCAGUUCCUUGAAAAUGAACAACCGAAACUUGACUACCUCGUUGCCGACUACCUAGCGGAGUUGACGAUGGGUCUUCUGGCUCGUUCAGUUGCUGCAUCAAAGAAGGGCUACAUAGGUGAAUUCCUGGAUUUGGUUCUGGCACCAUACCUUGACUUCAUCCUGAAGAAAGGUGUUAAGAUUGUCACCAACGCGGGGGGAUUAGACCCCAUUGGUCUAAAACAGGCGAUUGAUAAGCACAUCAAAUCGAGAGGACUUGACUCACGAGUCAAAGUCGCAGCUGUAUAUGGUGACAAUAUCCUCUCUGAAUUCGGAAAGUUGGCAGAACAAGAUGCCUUCACACAGUUCGACCCUCUCAGUGGAGCGAGCUCACCUGAAGCUGGACUUGAUAGGGCUGAUAAUCUGUUGAGUUUGAAUGCUUACAUUGGGGCUGAGCCAAUCACCGAAGCACUGAAGCAAGGAGCAACCAUCGUUGUGACGGGUCGAUGUGUUGAUAGCGCACUUGUUCUCGGACCCCUGGCAUUCGAGUACGGAUGGCAGUACGAGAUGACUCAAACCAACCUGGAUCAUUUAGCGAGUGCAUCACUCGCAGGACAUGUGAUUGAAUGCGGAGCUCAAGCCACUGGCGGGAAUUUUACAGACUGGAGACUUUCAGCAUUCAGUCCCAAUGGCGGGUGGUCCAACAUGGGUUAUCCAAUUCUCACUUUCAAUGAGGAUAACACGUUUUCCAUCACAAAACCGGAGAAGACUGGAGGGAUUGUCUCCCGUGCGAGCGUCAUCGAACAAAUGCUGUAUGAAGUUCUUGACCCAGAGAACUACGCUCUCCCUGAUGUCGUUGUGGAUAUGAGCCACGUCCAGGUUGACUUGAUUGAGCCAGGCCAUGUUUUGGUGCGUGGAGCCAAAGGAAAGCCACCAAGCCCCUGGUUGAAGUGUACGGCAGUACGACAGAGAGGGCACCGCAUCGCCGUCGACUUUUUGGUGUGCGGUGAGGAAGCCGAAGACAAAGCUAGAUACCUAGGAGCAGCCCUCAUUGAUAGAACCAACACGAUCGCAUCCCAACAAUUACCCGGCACAGAAAAUACAAUCAAUUCUUCAGAUUCAGCUAUUGCAAUUAUUGGAAACGAGUCGAGCUUGGGUCCUGCGGCAACACAGGAGAAACGAAAGGAAGUUGUGCUGCGGGUAUCAGCCAGACACUCCAACCGGAAGGUUUUGGAUAUCUUAAGCAAAGAGGCGGCUUCGUUCCUUACAAACAGCUGCUCAGGUGUCUGUCUUCUCACGUCUGGCCGAGCGAGAAGCAGUCCCAACUUCGUCGCCAGCAGUAUACUCAUCAACCGAUGCAAAGUCAUUCCUCAAGUUCGAGUUGAUACUCCAAACCCUGUCUCGGUCUCGUUCAGAACUGAAGGCUGCCGGCCCAUUGAGGCUGCAAAAACCCGCGUACACGCCAGUUCUCAGCCCAAGACCCUUCCACAGAACAACCGCAAACUAGUGCAGCUGCACCAACUUGCGAUUGCAAGAUCCGGUGAUAAAGGUGAUACUGCAAACAUAGCCGUCAUUGCCCGAGAUCCAAAUCACUACGAGCAUUUAGUGCAGAAAUUGAGCCCUGAAUUGGUCUUUGCUCAGUUUAGUCACUUUAUUGCUGUUGGGGGACAAGUGACACGGUUCGAGGUGCCUGGAGUUUCAGCGCUCAACUUUGUGCUCACCCGAUCUCUGGGUGGCGGCGGUCUUUCAAGCCUCCGACUAGAUAGACAAGCCAAGACAUAUGGGCAGCUUCUUCUAGCGGGAAUAACUAUUGAAGUACCCUCUGGAUCUAGAAUCAUGUCAAACCUAUGA